AUGGGGAACUUUUUGGUUUUUUCAAGGGGAAAAAGGGGGGUUAGACAAGGGGACCCCAUCUCUCCUAUGCUAUUUGUUCUUGCUAUGGAGGUACUGUCCUUAUCCCUUGGCAAUGCAGUUUCCAACAACCCAAGUUUUAAGUUUCAUUGGAGGUGCAGUAAGCUUUCCAUUACUCACCUUGCCUUUGCUGAUGACUUACUACUUUUCUCAUUUGGUAAUCAUAUAUCUGUCAAUGUGUUUCACAAUGCAUUAACAAGGUUCUUACAAUGGUCUGGCCAUGUUUUCUUCUCUGGGGUAGAUAACCAAACCAAAGCAGCUAUACUCUACCUCCUACAAUUUAAUACUAGUGUAUUGCCAAUAACUUACCUUGGUUUACCUUUGAUUUCAUCUGCAAUUAGUGCAACAGAUUGCCAAUCCCUAGUUCAAAAGAUCACAGCUAGAAUUUGCUUUUGGACUUCAAAAUUCCUCUCAUACGCAGGUAGAGUUGUAUUGAUCAAAUCCAUCAUUCACUCCAUCCAAACUUAUUGGUCUCAAAUAUUCAUCUUACCUCUAAAAGUCAUUGAACAAGUCAACCAGAUCUUGAGAAAAUUCUACUGGUCUAGAGUUGAAUUGAGGAAAAGUGGUGCUAAGGUUGCCUGGGCUGCCAUUUAUAGGCCUAAAUACAAUGGUGGUUUGGGUUUUGAUUGUAUUGAUUUAGCUAAUAGAGUUGCAGGUCUCAAGCAUAUUUAG